CAAAUUGUAUUACACGAGUGCUACUGAUCAAUAUGUUUAGCGUUUUUACCAUAUUUGCCCUACUUACAGUUUUUGACAGAGGGUCUUGGGCAAGUAGUUAUACGUUUCCUGACAAUUUUUUGUUUGGGACGGCAACAUCAGCUUACCAAAUCGAGGGAGCAUGGAACGAAAGCGGAAAAGGUGAAAGCACCUGGGAUUGGCAUACUCAUAACCACCCAGAAUUGGUCGCUGAUGGAAGCAAUGGUGACAUAGCAUGCGAUUCUUACCACAAAUACGAAGAGGAUAUCGAACUUCUUAAGUAUUUAGGAGUAGAUUUUUAUAGAUUUUCUUUAUCAUGGUCAAGAAUCUUCCCAAGUGGACACCCUUAUAAUGUUAAUUACGAAGGCGUUAAUCACUACAACAAGAUCCUUAAUUUACUUGUGGCCAAUAACAUUAGCGCCAUGGUUACUCUAUUUCAUUGGGAUCUUCCACAAAGACUUAUGGAGUUAGGAGGAUUGACAAACCCUAGAUUUGUCACCUAUUAUACUGAAUACGCAAGAACGGCUUUUGAACAUUUCGGUGAUCGAGUUAAAUAUUGGUUAACUUUUAAUGAACCUUUUCAAACUUGUGUGUAUUCCUAUGGCGAUAAAAGAAUGGCUCCUGCUCUACAAAUGCCAGGAAUUGCCGACUAUCUCUGCGGCCAUAAUCUACUUAAAGCUCAUGCUGCUGUUUAUCAUUUAUAUAAUACAACAUACAAAUCAAAAUACAAAGGUAAAAUCGCUAUCUCGAUAAAUGCUGAGUGGCUUGAGCCAAAAAGCAUAGGCGAUGAGGCAGCUGCAGAAAGAGUACGCCAAUUUUGGUAUGGUAUGUACUUUCAUCCAAUUUUUUCAUCUGAAGGAGAUUAUCCUCAAGUUGUAAAAGAAAAUGUAGGGUAUCGUAGCUCUUUGGAAGGUUAUAAACGGUCGAGGCUUCCACAGUUCACCCAAGAUGAAAUUAAUUAUAUUAAGGGUACUGCUGAUUUUAUGGGUUUAAAUCACUACAGUACAUAUGUGGGCAGCGAUUCUGGAAAUACUAGUCUAGAAACUUCUUAUUACAACGAUUAUCAUGCCAACAUUUUAUCUACUAGUAAUUCGGCACGAAAUGAUUUAGUAGAGGUUGCUCCGUGGGGUUUCAGAAAAGUGUUGGUAUGGUUAAAAAAUACGUUUAAUGAUCCUGAGAUAUUUGUGACAGAAAAUGGAUAUUGCGAUCUUGGUGAUAUGGACGACAAACGGAGAAUUUCAUAUUAUGGCCAAUAUCUUGAAGCUCUCUUGGAAGCCAUUUAUAUUGAUAAUGUCACUGUUUUUGCCUACACAACCUGGAGUUUAAUGGAUAAUUAUGAAUGGAAUUUGGGAUAUACAUAUAAAUAUGGAAUAUAUUAUGUAAAUUUUUCUGAUCCCAACCGUCCUAGAAUUCCAAAAUCGUCAGCACAUUUCAUUAAAAACGUUUAUGGAAAUAGAACAGUAGUGAGCUACGACAAAAUUGAUUAAAGAUGAGUGUCUACUUGUUAAGGUUCAAAAAUUUCUGUAUAAGCACUAAUUUUUAUAAGAUGAAUAAAUAUGCAUGCGCUUCAUUUA